ACGAUAAUUCCGUCCGUCUCGCCUCGCCCGUCACCAGCUUUCGCCAUUUUGUAUUCUCAAUCGCUUGAAGACGCGUUCGUUUGUCGCUGCGCAUUUUUCCGUAAAUUACGCAGCUAUACGUGAUCAAUUUCAAAGGAAAUGUAGGAAAUGGAAAUACGCAUUUAAUUCGUACGUGACGUGAUUGCAUCUGUAUCGUGGUUUUAAACUCGCAAUAUAGUGAUAACCGUGAUAACUGAUGUUCAGUGGAGGAUUGUAAUUGGCAUGGUGAGAGCAGCGCGAGCAGUCGUCGGGAAUCAUGUCGAAGGAGAAAGAAAUCGCGGAGGAGUAUGCCUCAAGCUUGGCGGACUUGACUGUGAACAGCAAGCCGCUGAUAAACAUGCUGACGAUUCUCGCGGAGGAGAACGUGGAACACGCCGGGGUUAUCGUUGAAACCGUGGAAAAGCAUUUGGAGAAGGUGCAUCCCGACAUCAAGCUGCCAGUUCUCUAUUUAGUUGAUUCCAUUAUCAAGAAUGUCGGCGGGGCGUACACACAGAAGUUCUCGCAGAGCAUCGUUAAUAUGUUCACUAGGACAUUCAAACAGGUGGAUGAAAAGAUAAGGUCACAAAUGUUCAAGCUGCGAGAGACGUGGCACGAUGUCUUCCCGGCCACCAAGCUGUACCAACUGGAUGUGAAAGUGAACUUGAUAGACCCAGCGUGGCCCAUCCAAGCACAGCCGCAGCAGUCUAACAUCCAUGUAAAUCCAAAUUUUCUGAAAAAGAAUGCAACAGCCGCCACGACUUCUGCGACUCCCAGUCUGACAGAAGAAGAGGAGAAGAUGCGUAGUAUCCUCGCCAAGAAGGAACAAGAACUUCUCAUGCUGCAACAGAAGAAGAUAGAGAUGCAACUGGAGCAGACGCGGCGGCAGUUGGAGAUGGCCGAGAAGAAUGCUAAGAAGUCGUCAGUAACCCCAGUGUCUGCACCGGUGUCAGUUAUGCCAAUCGCGAUGGUUAAUCCUGUGGUGGCUCCCGUAAUGCCCGCGGCGCCCGAGAUCAACCUCCCCGUCAAAGCCCGGCUUGGUCCUCCCGUGAGCAAGCCGGCGGGCGGCCGCAUCGCGCCCGUCAGCGCCGCGCUGGCCGCCGCGCGCCGCGACCCGCGCCUGGCGCGCCACCCGCCGCCCCCGCCGCCCCCGGCCGUCGCGGCCGCCGCCCCCGCCGCCCCCGCGCCGCACCCCGCGCCGCACCCCGCGCCGCCCGCGCCCAUAGCGCCCAACGUGUUCGACAUCAAGCCCCUGGAGCGCGUCACCAAGCGCAAGAACGUCAUAACGUACGACGUGCAGCCCGCGGCGGCGCGGCCCGCGCCCGCCCGGCCGCCGCGCCGCCGCGACCCGCGGCUGGACAAGCGCGGGGACGCCCGCCGCGACCGCGCCCGCGCCCGCAGGGACGAGCCCGACCGCAAGCCCGCCAAACCCGACGAGAACCACAAGGACGUCAAAAAGAACGACCGGCCCCUCGAUGACGCCUCUGUCGACAAAUAUAUCGACAAGCUCGUCGACCCGAAAAAGAUAAACAAAUUGCCGCCGAUCCCGAAAAUCAAUCGGGACGAGGCGAAGGAGCGCGACGCGCCGUCGCCGGUUAAGAGGAAGAAGGACGCCCCUAAAGUUGAUAAGAAGAAGAAGAAAGACGCGGAGGCUAAAGACAGCUCGAGCGGGUCCUCGCCGGAGAAGAAGGCGAAGGCCAAGGAGCGGGUGAAGCGCGCAAAGGAGCGCGAACCGGAGGCCACGCCGGUCGUCGCCUUCAAGGAGCUCAAGAACUACCACAAGGAGCGCUACAUGCGACGCAAUAAGGAGCAAUCCGAGAGCCCCGAGCCCGCGCCCUCCGCCCCCGCUGACGCGUCAAAUAUUCCCGAAGUGGUGAACAAGGAUGUGGACUUGCGAGUGCUUCCAGCGGUUGAGACUAAGCCAGCAGCCGUGGGCCAGAAGAGGCCGUCCACUGAAACGGCUGAAGGGAAAGCUAAGAAGAAUAAGCUCGAUAAGUUUGAUAUACUUUUCGGCAAUGAAGAUGUGGAUCUACGCCAACUGCCUCAAGUUGAAGAAGUGGCUCCACCACCGCCGUCUAUUGACUCAAUCAAUGACCACAAACUAGACGAUAUAUCCCCCCAAAGGUCCCCGAGGAGAGACUGGAAUGAAGUCAAAGAGAAGGAAGAGGUCAAGAAGACCCCUUCGAAGUUGGAUCUAGUCAGAGCGAAGCUAGCUGAAGCUACCAAAGGAAAGGAUAGGCUGGGCAGACCGCUGUUGUUUAGCAAGUCACCGAGCGUAGAAAGGGAAAGGCGACGUACGUUGAGUACGGAAGACACGGACUUGCGGCCCGAACCAGCUGAGGAGUUUGAUGCGGAAGACCAUAAGAAGACCAUCUCCAUCAUCAUGAACCAAGCCAAGGAGCAGUUCAGCGACGGCCAACUUGACAAGAGCCAGUACAAUACCCUCAUGUAUCAAGUACUACAGCUGAACGAAAAACUCAAGCUGAAAGAGGCGAAACAAAGGGAGUCUCUAGAGUCAUCCAAGAGAAAACUCAAGGCCCACAUACAGGAACAGAAUCACAAAAUAUCUAGUCCGAGAUCUUCGCCGAAUGCCCGGAAUACAUUCGGAGAUAUCGACGAAAGGGUUACUCCUUCAGUGUUUAUGGAUACUCCUCCAGACAGUCAAGGGUAUCUUCACGAUUCCGAUAUGAGGAUGGGCGCGAUGGACACCAUGGAUGGUCCUCGACCUGGGUUACUCCCCAUCCCCCCCGGAAUGCCGUCUAUGUACAACAUGCCUUACAACUGGCGCGGGCCUAGACCAAGAGUCGAUGAAUACGCACCUAGAAGAUUCAGAGGACCAGCGCCGCCGUUCUACAGAGGGAAGUUCGAUAAGAGAGCCCCUAGACCACCAUUUGACCCUCGAAUGCCUUUACCACCACUGCCUACUCCUAAAAUAGGCACGUAUCAGGGAGAAUGUCCGUUGAAGCCGUACGAGCCGAUGGAAGCCCCGCCGCCUUUAGGCGCUCCAGGCGUCGUCAUUCCACCAACUGAUUAUAAAGUCAUAGAGUACAUCGACCAAGACCCUGUUAAAACUAUUCAAAUAGACGGUGUUCCGCGCGAGAUCAGGUUCUACGGAGACACUGCCAUCAUCAUGCUGGACUGGGAUGAUCCUAGAGAAAUUAAGUUCUUGCCAGGUUGUAGACGCGUCACGUUCGACAACAAAGAUUCAGUCGUUCUAUCCUUCAACGAACCUUACAAACAAGUUGAGAUAGACGAUCAAGUGUUCGACAUGAGGUUCGGAGCGCCGACGAGAGAGCUGUUCAUAAACGGUAGAUGGUGGGAGUGCUACUUUGGAGGGCAGCCUCUAGGAGUCAUUAUUGACGGGAAACCGAGAUUAGUGCAUUUAGAAGGGCCGUUGCCGCAAGUAGACAUUGGCAAGACGAAGCGAACGGAUCUUGUCGCGGGGAAGAUAAACUUAAUCGUGAAUGCUACACAAAUGUGCCCAGUGUACCUCGACGCGAAAGUGCAAAAAAUCACGAUAAACGGCCAGUUCUUUACUAUACGCUUUGUAGACUCUCUGAAGACAGUUUUGAUAAACGAACAGCCGUUUAAAGUUGAGUUUGGGGAUUUACCGAAGCCUAUAACUGUGGGCAACGAGAAGUAUUUCAUUCGGUUCUCGGCGCUGCCUAGGAAUGUGAAACCUGGGUUCAUAAAGAUAGCGAACAUGGAAGGGUCGAUGUUACCAGCGGUGUUGCCUCCAGUACUGUCGUUGGGGCUACCAAUGCUGCCUACCGCGAUGGAAGUGGAUGAAGAAGCACCUCGCCCGAACAAGACGCCCAGUCCCGUCGGCGUAAACCAAGGUUUGGACAUGCUAGCAAGUGUAAUGCCUUCAAACAUGGAGACACCGGCUUCAGCAUCAGCCUACAGUCUUGCUGAGCCACUUUUCGCGAAACCAGAGAAAAUCCCAGGCCUUGAAACCCCUGCAGAAGAAAAACCGCCUACAGCCACCCUCCCUAUACUAGGAAACAUCAAUGUAGCCGAUCUAUUUGCCAAGUUGGUAGCUACAGGGAUCGUGAAAAUGCCUGAUGAUGUCAAAGCGGAAAACAAAGAUGUUGUCCGUGAAAAGAAAGAGGAGGUGAAGCCAGCUCCACCGAAAGAAGACAAGACUAAGAUACAUAGGGUGGAUCUCCUCAGACCAGAGACUUUGAGAGUCAAACAACCAGGCUUGGUAGCCAAGCUGUACGGCGGCAUGCAAUGCAGCGGCUGCGGGGCGCGCUUCCCCCCCGAGCACACGGUCCGCUACUCGCAGCACCUGGACUGGCACUUCCGCCAGAACCGCCGCGAGAGGGACUCCGCCCGCCGCGCCCACAGCCGCCACUGGCACUACGACCUGUCCGACUGGGUGCAGUACGAGGAGGUGGAGGAUCUUGAGGAGAGAGAGAAGAGCUGGUUCGAGGUGGGCGGCGAGGCGGCGGCGGCGGGCGAGGCGGCGCCGGAGCCCCCGCCCUCGGUGGCGGCCGGAGCGCCCGCCGACCAGCACUGCGCCCUCUGCGGGGACAAGUUCCAGCAGUUCUACAACGAGGACCUCGAGGAGUGGCACCUCCGGAACUCUGUGCGCCAUAACGACUGCAACUACCAUCCCGCCUGCUACCAGGACUAUAAGGCGUCACUAACGAAAGAAGAGCCCGAAGCAGCAGAAGCGGAGUUUGUGGAGGAAGUACCGCUGCAGGAGCCCUGCAUAGUGGACGCGGACGACAUCAACUCGCAGUCCGACACGGAGUCAGUCGUUGAGGUCGUCGAGACAGAGGACAACCUGCCGGUCGAGAUCGAAGAGGAAGGCGAUGAAGACGACGUGGUCUUCAAAGCCGAGCCAGUGGAGGAGGUCGUGGUGAACGACGACGCGGACACGGAUGAUGAGACCGUCACUGAACGCGCGGAGAGGGACCGGCUCGCCAUGAUUGACUUUGCCAAGGUCAAGGUCAAACAGGAGCCUAUCGACCCUGACGACGAGCCGAUCCUGUGCUCGGUGUCGCAGCCGGGCGUGCCGGAGCCGUCGGCGCCGCGCGUGCAGUCGUCCAUCGACGGCAACGUGGUGGCCGCCGCGCCCGCCGCCGCGCCCGCGCCGCGCCCGCUGCCCAUACGCAUCAACAUCUCCAAGCCGCUCGCGCCCGCGCAGCCGCUAGACAGGAUGUUGGAAGAUGUCUCGGCAGAUGACGAGCCUCUACCACCCGGUGAGGAGCCCGAGCUAGAAUACACCCUGAAACCAGGACUCGAAGGUGUACAGUUCAGCAGACAACCGCCCGUGCAGAGGGGCAAUGAACUCUCUGGAUUAUGCUCCAUUAUGUAGACUACACAUAGUCCCACUGUUUGGCAAAGACUUAAGGUCAUAGUCCACUUAUACGAACCUGCUACCACCAGACUAAUAAAUUAAUAACUAACAUCAUUCAAAUAUUGGCUUUGCGAUAUAGUUUAUAAUGACAACAUAAAUUAGCAGACAGAUCAGUGGCGUAAAGCCAUCAGAUUGCUCGGUAGUUGACCGCCAGCAGUCGUUUUAGUCUAGGGCGGUCUUAUAGCAGAGUCGUGUAAGUGGGCUAUGAUUUCUACUCAGGGUACAAGAAACUGUAAGAGAACUGUGUUCUCAUAAACCAGUACACAUAAUGUACAAGAUUGAAAGACGGUCAGUGUGAACUGCAGGAUUGAUUUUAUAGAACUGAAUGAAUCUAGUGAAGGUGUAAAAACAUUUUGAAGGUUUAGGCGCAUAAUGACAAAAACGCAAAAUGACAGACUCGUAAAAUGACAGACGUUAAUAGAUUGUCGCAAAUUGUCAAUAACGCAAAAAACCAGAUUCGCAGAAUGCCAGACUCGCAGAAUGCCAGAUUCGCAGAAUGCCAGAUUCGCAAAUAAUGUGAUCGGUUAUUUAGUUUAAAUACGGCUUUAUUAAACUUAACAUGAUUUAUUUAUAUAUUAUUAUAUAAACUAUUAGGUCCAAGACAAAAUCAAAGAGGAAAAUGUUGAUGCUACCUCACAUCAUUACAUGUGUUCUAAAAAGGAAUUUAGAGUGAGCGUUUCGUAAUAGUGUUUGCCAAAGUGUUUACUAAAAUCGAGUAUUGGGUAAUUAUCUUAUUUACGAACAUUUGUUUCGAAGUAUUUAGGUUUAUGUUCAAUAUGUUAAUAUAGAAAUCCACACGAUAGAGAAGAAAUACUUCAAGUAUUCUGUGUUAGUGUUUAUUCUGGCGAACCAAAAGUAAUUUUAGUAUGAUAGGUCCAAACCUACUAGUUUUAGAGCUCAAAUCUCAAAGCUCGAAAUAUGUCCUGUCUCCUACUAAAGCCAUUUCAAGGCGACGAAUGAUCACCUACUUACAGUUAAGGACUGUAUCAAAAGUUAUUUGUAGCUCUGCCCACACCAUUAGGUAUGUGACGCGCGUAAACUUGUGUAUGUAUGUGUGAAAUUUGGGCCACCCGAAUCAGCAUCAUGAAUCAUUAUGUGUGUAUAUUUGGCAAAGUAUAGAAUGGUAAUGCUCCGCCCCGCGCGAAUACAUAUCGGGCGCCGAGCUAUAUUUACCUCACCCCCUCUGGGUCUUAUGUAGACUAACAUAACAUAAGUCGUUAAGGAGUAAGGGUGAGCGCGCGUAGACUGUGUCUCGUUCGCACUCGCGCGGUAAUUCGGCACACAGUAGGAAUGAAGUUUUUAAAUGGAGUCUAUGAAUCGUAAUUAUAUAUUUGUGAAAAGCUCCAGGUUUGUAACAUUACAAAAUACAAAUUGUUUAUAUGUGAUAUUAAAGUUAAGUUCCUGACUUAAUAAGCAACGAAGUAUCGUUUUGUUUCGUAAUCGUAAUGUAUAUUUAGUUUUGUAAAUAUAUACUACUUUGUAUAUAGUGUACUCUGAACCGGCGUGCGUGUAUAGAACGAUUGAUGAAUGUGGAGGAAGCAAGGGAAGUGUGUCAGGAUCGAAGCAAAUGGAAUUCCAUAAACUCUGCUUACCCCGGUGAGAAAUUGGCGUCAGUUUAUGUACGUUGUAUAUAGUUUUCGCGAGUUGUGUUGAACGUCGGAUCCUCUAAGCUCCCAAUGAGUAUGGAUACCUAGUAUAUAAGUUUCUAUAGAGGGUAUAAAUAAGCCUAUUUCA